CAUUAAAGCUCACUGCAGCUUCCUGCAGGAACUGGCAGGAGUUCCAGUGCCAGGAAACAGCCAAAUGCCCUUGGCUAGAUUUGGCAACAGAGCAGGCAGUUCCUUGUUCACACUGGGAGCUUUUUCUCCCCUACUGUGCAACUGCUGUUCUGGAGAGUGAAAUGCAAAAUUAGCCCGGGCCAAACAGUCCCGCUGAAGGAAGAACGGCGUCUCGGGUCCCCCUGUGCCCAGGUUUGAGCCCUGCCCUUGCCCUGCCGCAGGAUCCCAACGAGGAGCUCUAAUCGUCGCCCCCUCUCUCCCCGCGGCUGAGCGCCCGUCGGGGCGGGGAGCGAGGGCACCGGCCCGCCCUGGGGAGGAGGCGGCAGCUGCGGUGGGUUCCCCCUCGCUGUCCCGGCAGCUUUAAAGGCGGCGCGGCGGGCGCGGGGCCGGCGGCGGCACCAUGGGGCGGGCGCUCGGCAUCCUGAGCUGCAGCCUGGCGCUGCUGCCGCUGCCGCUGCCCGCGGCCCCGCGGGGCCCCGCGCUCCGCCCGCGCCGGCAGCCGCGCCCGGGCCCGGGGCCCUCCGCAGACACUGCCUGUAAGAACCGGCCUCUGGAUCUCGUCUUCAUCGUAGACAGCUCCCGUAGCGUCCGACCUGAGGAGUUUGAGAAAGUGAAAAUCUUCCUGUCAGAAAUGAUCGAUACCCUGGAUGUUGGUGAAAGAACCACGCGUGUGGCAGUCGUGAACUACGCGAGCACCGUCAAGGUGGAAUUUCCCCUCCGGACCUACUUUGACAAGGCCUCUAUGAAGGAGGCUGUGUCUCGCAUUGAGCCCUUGUCUGCUGGCACCAUGACCGGCCUUGCCAUCCGGACUGCCGUGGAUGAAGUCUUCACUGAGGAGAUGGGCACCCGGCCAGCAACCUCCAACAUCCCCAGGGUGGUCAUUGUGGUGACAGAUGGACGGCCACAGGACAGGGUUCAAGAUGUGGCGGCAAGCGCCCGGACAGCCGGCAUGGAGAUCUACGCGGUCGGGGUGGGCCGGGCAGACCUGCAGUCCCUGAGGAGAAUGGCCAGCGAGCCUCUGGAUGAACACGUCUUCUAUGUGGAGACCUACGGUGUGAUCGAAAAGCUGACAUCCAGAUUCAGGGAGACUUUCUGUGCUGUGACCGUGUGUGCCCUGGGGACCCACGGCUGCCAGCAGGUCUGUGUCAGCAGUGGGGCAUCCCACCUCUGUGACUGCUAUGAAGGAUACACCCUGAAUCCAGACAAGAGAACCUGCUCAGCUGUGGACAUGUGUGCAUCUGGGAGGCACGAGUGUGACCAGAUCUGUGUGAGUAACAACAGAUCCUAUGUCUGUGACUGCUAUGAAGGCUACACCUUGAACCCAGACAAGAAGACUUGCUCAGCCAUGGACAUGUGUGCACCUGGAAGACAUGACUGUGCCCAAGUCUGUCUGAGAAAUGAUGGCUCCUACAGCUGUGGCUGCUAUGAAGGAUACACUCUCAGUCCAGACAAGAGAACCUGCUCAGUGUGUGCGCCCGGCAGGCAGGACUGCGGGCAGGGCUGGAGGGGUGACCUGUUCCACCCCUGUGACUGCCACCCAGGCUGCACCCUCAACCCAGACAGGAGCACCUGCUCCAGAGCCAUAAUGAGCAGUCUUGUAACAACUGAAGAGUCCUGUAAAUGUGAAGCCACAGUUGCCCUCCAGGAUUCAGUGACCUCACGCCUUGAAGCUUUGUCCACAAAAUUAGAGGAAGUGUCUGAGAAGCUGAAGGCAUAUCAAGACAGACAGCAGAUUGUCUGAGCUAUCAUUUUGCUUGAUUUUAAAUUAAUUUUUCAGAAUCAAGCUUUUUUAUGGUUUUCAGGAAGCUUUAUUUCAUUCCACAGCUUACAAAACAGCAGUAGUUAUUAUUGACAUAUGUCAAGAAGACUUCAGGAAGACAAGAGUCUUGAAAAUACAGCAACCCUGAGGAUCUUCAUGUACUGUUGCUUUAUAGCCAUGAAGCUACUCAUACCUGCUGUGCUUCAGUUUGUAUUGCAGAUACUGCUUUUCUGUAGUUACUGCAUAUUUUAUUCUCUUACUUCAAAGUAAAUGCAGAAAAAAAAAUAUAAAUUACAUUAUAUAAAACUUUGAAAUGGUAAGGCAGAGUGAAAAAAUGUGCCUAGGUCUUAUUUCAAGUAAAUGGGAAAGU